AGGGGCAGGCAGAGCAGCGGCAGAGCAGAAAAGAUGGCGACGAGAGGAACGCAGCAAAAGAUUUUCCCGUCGCUGUUUUCCAAGCUGCACGGAGCCAUCUCGGAGGCCUGUGUCUCCCAGCGCUUGUCCACCGAUAAGAAGACCCUCGAGAAGACGUGGAAGCUGAUGGACAAGGUGGUCAAGCUGUGCCAGCAGCCAAAGAUGAACCUCAAGAACAGUCCCCCCUUCAUCCUGGACAUUCUGCCGGAUACGUAUCAGCGGUUGAGGUUGAUCUACUCCAAGAACGAGGACCAGAUGCACUUGCUCCAUGCCAAUGAGCACUUCAACGUCUUCAUUAAUAAUCUGAUGCGGAAAUGCAAGCAGGCCAUCAAACUGUUCAAGGAGGGCAAGGAGAAGAUGUUUGACGAGAACUCGCACUAUCGGAGGAACCUCACCAAGCUCAGCCUGGUCUUCUCGCACAUGCUCAGUGAACUGAAGGCCAUUUUUCCGAAUGGCGUCUUUGCGGGCGAUCAGUUUCGGAUUACAAAGGCGGACGCGGCAGACUUCUGGAAGAGCAACUUUGGUAACAGCACUCUGGUUCCAUGGAAAAUCUUUCGCCAGGAAUUAAACAAAGUUCAUCCAAUAUCGUCUGGCUUGGAGGCUAUGGCAUUGAAGACCACUAUCGACCUGACCUGCAACGAUUUUAUCUCAAAUUUCGAAUUCGACGUAUUCACACGACUCUUCCAGCCCUGGGUGACGCUAUUGCGAAACUGGCAGAUCCUUGCCGUAACCCAUCCGGGCUAUGUGGCCUUUCUCACUUACGACGAGGUGAAGGCGCGACUCCAGCGCUACAUACUCAAGGCCGGCAGCUACGUCUUCCGGCUCUCCUGCACACGACUCGGCCAGUGGGCCAUCGGCUAUGUCACCGCAGAGGGUGAGAUCCUGCAGACAAUCCCACAAAACAAAUCGCUAUGCCAAGCCCUACUCGAUGGCCAUCGCGAGGGCUUCUACUUGUAUCCAGAUGGCCAAGCCAUUAAUCCGGAUCUAUCGUCAGCUGUUCACAGUCCUACUGAGGACCAUAUAACUGUAACACAAGAGCAAUACGAACUAUACUGUGAAAUGGGCAGCACCUUUCAGCUGUGCAAAAUCUGUGCGGAGAACGACAAGGAUAUCCGUAUUGAGCCUUGCGGCCAUUUGUUGUGCACGCCUUGCCUCACCUCUUGGCAGGUGGACUCCGAGGGACAAGGAUGCCCUUUUUGCCGCGCCAAGAUCAAGGGCACGGAACAGAUUAUUGUGGAUGCGUUCGAUCCGCGAAAGCAACACAACAGAAAUGUCACCAAUGGGCGACAGCAGCAGCAGGACGAUGAUGACACAGAGGUAUAGUUUUGUUCACAGCCUGAUCAGCCUGAUCCGCCUGCUCCGCUGCCGCCUGAGCUGCUAUUUAUAUACAUAUUACUCUUAUGAUUACUUUUGGUUCGUUUAUACAUAUAUACAUUAUUAUAUAUGCCUAUAUAUAUACAUUAUAUAAUUUAGAUUUUACAACUGCUAUUGUUUGUAUAAGUUUAAUGUUUAGCCUGCAGUUUGCAGAUGCAGUUUUCGAGUUUAAUUUUUGUUUUUUAGCUGUAACAUAUUUAAAUUAUUAGCCAAACUCAUGAAACUAACACACACACACACACACACUCGACCAUAAUCCACGAAGCACUUUCUUAUACACAGAAAAAAAAAAAAGAAUAGUAGAUCAUAUUCUCGGACCUGAUAUUCAAAGAUUAAAUGCUCAUUUUAAAAGCUAUAGUUUUUAGUAGGAUAUCAGGUCGGAGAUAAGUGCAAACUAUUUCUUUCUGUGCACACCAA